AACACUGAGAAUAAUAGAGGUCAAUAUUUUUACUUAAAGUUAUACUAACAAAUUAUGCCUACAAGGAUCAUAGUUUUCAUUUGUUCUUUGUUUGUUUUGCGACAAAGAAUCGCUUCUCUUUUGUUUACAUUACAAUUGCUUGUACGUGCUAUGUAUAUGCUUCGAUUUACUGUAACACAAUACAUAGGAAAUCGAUGCACAAUUAUUUGUAAGAAAAAGAAAAAUGGUUCGAACGAUCGAGACAAACUUUAACCGAAUGAAAGUGGGUCUCUCUCGUAGCAAAAUACCAUUCUAUCUCAAGCCCAUUUCCCAGCAGCCUGCAACAAUUUAUUUCCUGAAAAUAAUGCAAUAUCGUCGCGGAUGUAAAUACUUGCGAGACUGCAGCAAAUCAUAAGCAUGGAAACACCGGUGAAAUAUCUUUAGUUUGAAGAUUAACGCGACCUCGGUAAUCUUGGUUCACUACUUCACUUCGGUAUAUAAACCGUCGGUGACGCACCCAAAUGCAGACAAAUUUUCGUGGUCGAGGUUCCACAGUUCUCGUGCACGUUCGUUAACCAGUCAGUAAAGCCCAGAAAACAGCCAUGGACUCAAAACCCUGGACCGAGAAAGUUGUCCUCGUCACCGGUGCCAACUCCGGCAUUGGCAAAUGCUUGACGGAGUGCUUGGUUGGCAAGGGGAUGACAGUGGUGGGCAUAGCUCGUCGUAUCGACAAAAUCAAGAUGCUUGCAGAUGAAUUGAAAUCGAAGCCAGGCAAGCUCGUCCCCGCUCAGUGCGAUCUUACUAAUCAGGCCGAGAUCCAGCGCACGUUGGAAUGGAUCGAGAAGAAUUUGGGUGCCGUGGACAUCCUGAUCAACAACGCCGCCGUUAACAUAGACCUCAAGGUGCAAUCCGGCGACAUGGAAGACUGGAAGAAGACCUUCGACGUGAACUUGUUCGGAUUAACUUGCAUGACCAAAGAAACGUUAAACCUGAUGAAGAGGAAGGGAAUCAACAACGGUAUCAUUGUAAAUAUCAAUGAUACGUGUGGUUGGAAGAUUCCAGUCACUUGCAAUCGCCCAGUAUCUCCUGCUUACAUCGCCAGCAAAUUGGCAUUAUCAGCAUUGACAGAGUGCCUUCGAAUGGAAUUGAUGCAGGUCAAAUCGAAUAUUAAAGUGAUGUCCAUAACUCCUGGCUUGGUGGAAACCGACAUGACCGCACAAUGGCUGAAGGAGAACCCAUCUAUGCCGUUGAAACCGAAAGACGUGGCCGAUUGUAUUCUCUUCGCGUUGCAGACUCCGGAAAAUGUUCUGAUUAAGGAGCUCGUGGUUACACCCAUUCGCGACACAAUGUAAAAAUGAACAAUCGAUUUGUUCGUUCCUUCCUUACAGCUUCAUAUAAAACAGACCAAUCAACUCAGUGUAAAUAACAA